AUGAUUGAAGUGAUCACUUCAAACGAGCCUCGGGACUUCGUAAACUCAGUGCUCCGAUUCAGAGAUGACAACUCCCAAUUCUGGUGGGACACAACUGGUCGCAUGUUCUCCAAGCUCCUCAAGUACGCUGGCUACAGUACAGCAGAACAGAGAUGGAGGAGCCCUGGGACGCCAGACUCCACACCGAUCGACUUCAGUUGGGAAUGGGGUAGAGACAACCAGGCGAUCGUGAGGUAUAGCUUUGAACCCAUCGGCCCACAUGCCGGAACGGAGCUGGACCCCCUCAACAGAUUUGCAACGAAUGAAUGGAUUAUCAAAUUGAAACAGCAGAAUAUGGUACCUCGACUGGAUUUGGAGUGGUACGAGCACUUUACAAGGCAGAUCCUUCAGCAUGACAAUCGCACUGCAAAAACGGUAGACCGUUUCGUCGAGGAGACCACGCCCAAAGCCGGCACCGUUGUUGCACUAGAUAUUGAGAAGACAGGUCCCGUCAUGAAGAUUUACAUUUACCCCGGACUGAAGGCCGAGGAGCUGGGUAUUAGCAACCUCGAUCUUGUGGAGAGUUCUAUCCUCAGCUUGCCUCCGGAUCAGCUGAAGUCUCUCAACCCGGAGCCUCUUCUCGAAUUCCUCCGGGAGGGUACGAAUAAGUACAAUUUUGAGACAGGAAUCCUCGCCAUCGACUGCCUGGUCCCAAGUGAUGCACGAAUCAAGGUGUACACAAGAGCCCGCUACACCACCUUCGAGUAUAUGAUGGACUGUAUAACCAUGGGCGGCCGCCUCUACAUAUCUACGGAAGCCAUUAAAGAUCUCGAGGACUUCUGGAGAACGUUCCUCGGAGAUGCUUCCGAUGUUCUGCCUGAAGAUGUUCCUGGUAGAGCAAGCCCGGGAUUUUACUACACCCUCAGCUGCGGCAAGGCCAUCUUACCCAAGGUUUAUAUCUCUCCGCAGUAUUUUUGCAAGAGUGACGUGGAUGUGCUGUCCCGUCUCCGAAAGUUCUUUUCCACGCGUCGAUCCGAUCAGAUGAUGGAUAAUUACGAAGCAGCCGUAUUUGAUAUCUUCGGUACCAAGACCCUGGAAUCCCGGUGUGGCAGUCAUUACUAUAUUGGCUGUGCUUUGGCCAAGGGUCAGCUCAGAGUAGUCACCUAUCUCAGUCCUCAAACCUUCGAUUGUGAGAAGGAGAAGGCCAACGUGGAUGAGUCAUAG